UCUGUCUGUACUCAAAGUAAUUGAAUUUGGAGAACUGGACAAACCCAAGGUGCGUUUCCUGCGUCAAAUGCUGAUCAAGCUUCUGAAGGAGACUGAGCCUGAGGACUUGACAAGUAUAUUUGGAAAGAUCUCUGGAAUCUCCAAGUUAGGAAUGCUGCGGGAGGGUUUGAAGCUUUUCAUCAGCCACUUUGUACUGAAGAAUGCCCAGUCCCAGGGACCAGCUGAGCAAGCAGCAUUGCUGUCAGAGCGAGCUCAGGUCGCCACCAGCGCUAUGGAGGCCAAAGAGGCCAAGCUCAAACUAUAAAACCUAUGUUCUCACACUGCUCGGGUUGGAGAACUGUUGGAUACUGCUGCACACAGCACAGUAUGAUUAUAGACUAUAAUAAAUGGCUAUUCAAAGUUUCUUUUUAAUAAAUACCUUUUGUCCUUUGGCCACUGCAGUCGUGACAUUAACAAAA